UAAAUUCAGUGAUCCAUAAGAAGCUCUCUCUCUCUCUCUCUCUCUCUCUCUCUGUAGCCUUGCCUUCUAUUUAUAGCCUUUGAUAAUCCAACAACAUUCAGGAAGAUCAUAUCAAGGUGGUUAAUCUAUCUAUCAAGUCAUCGUUCAGUCAAUCCAUCAAUCAAUCAAUCAAAUCAAAAGCCAACAGAAGAAAUCAAAAGCCCAAAAUCAUCAUGUCCUCCUCAUCAUCCGCUUUUUCACCGGACCACCACCACCACCACCACCUCUCUCCCUCCUCCUCCGAGCAGCUCUGUUACGUCCAUUGCAACUUCUGCGACACUGUCCUCGCGGUGAGUGUUCCUUGCUCCAUCUUGUUCAAGACCGUGACGGUCCGAUGCGGCCACUGCACCAACCUCUUGUCUGUAAACAUGCGAGGCCUUCUUCUUCCUGCGGCCAAUCAGCUCCAUCUUGGCCACACUUUCUUUUCUCCUCAGAAUAUUCUGGAGGAGAUCCGAAGCUCAUCUUCAAACCUGUUGAUCAAUCAGCCCUAUGCUACUGAGUCGGCUGCACCGAUUCGAGCAGCCGAAGAGCUUCCUAAGCCCCCAGUUGCUAACAGACCUCCGGAGAAAAGACAGAGAGUCCCAUCUGCCUACAACCGCUUCAUCAAGGACGAGAUCCAACGCAUCAAAGCUGGAAAUCCCGAUAUAAGUCACAGGGAAGCCUUCAGCGCCGCUGCAAAGAACUGGGCCCACUUCCCUCACAUUCAUUUCGGACUUUUGCCUGAUCAUCAACCCGUGAAGAAGGCCAAUGUGCACCAGCAGGAAGGAGAAGAUGUUCUGAUGAAAGAUGGGUUUCUUGGUCCUGCAAAUGUUGGGCUAUCCCCCUACUAAGAAGUUUGAAGCCUUCCCUCUCUAUAUUUUUCUUAAGCUUUCUGUCGUUUACGGUUCUUGUACUUGUGAGCUGUCGUUCAUGGAGACUUUAAACAGCUUGUGUUACUUGCAUGGUUUAUGUUGUUAAUGGGUGGGUGAGGAUUUUGAAGUCUUGAAUCCUUGCCAAUUAUGGACAAGUGAUCAUUUCCUUGAAAACCUACCUUAACAUUAAUCUUUUCUAGUACUGUUGAUAGCUAGAUUUGGAUGAUAUUUGAUGAUAA